AUGGAGUCUUCCGUAACUUUUCCAAGGCCAGCCAGUGAGGGGCCGAGCUCAUACUCUGAGCCGAAUCCUCCUAUUCUAAGGCCAGCCUCAUUCACCCGGGGCACCAUCCGGACCUCGCCUUCGCCCACUUGUUCGCCCAAAGCCAGCGGGGUUCUGGGCACUAGCAGCCUGGGUCGCCGUCGCGCGAGGCGGGCGCAGGCUCGCGGGGCAGGCUGGGAGCCAGGCCCCGGUGUCCUGGCAACACGUAAACACCGCGCGGCCCCGCCCCCGCGGCGCGCACCGCCCAGAGCUUGUGAGCCCGCCCUCCCGCGACCGCCCGCCGGGAGCCCCAGGCCCCGAGGCGACGAAGCACUGAGUCGCGCAGCCCGCUGCCUCUCUGUGGCGGGGGUCCCAGCCCCGCGUGGCGGCCGCUGGGUGGCUGGCUGCCCCCUCACCGCGUUGGGCUCCCGCGAGCGCCUAGACCUCCUCGGGCGGAAGGGUGAGAGCGGACUCGAGAAACGUGGCGAAGCCCCGGGCCCACGGCGGUUCGCUGGAGAGCGCGGUGGUGGCAGCCCGCCAGGUAAAGGGAAGAGAAAGGGCCAGGGCCGGUCCCACCGGAAGAAGCCGAAGAAACCGGAAGUGGACAUCCUGAGCCCGGCGGCCAUGCUGAACCUCCAGUACAUCGCGCACAACGCCGCCCACUGCCUGUACCUGCGCGGCUUCCGCUGGCCGGGCGCCACCAAGUCCAAGAAGGGGAAGAACAAGACUUAGGAGAGAACUUGGGGACGAGAGAUCAGGGUAGUAACUACGUUGCAAGCAAAAAUAGACUUUACUCAAGACAAGUUGAGACGCAAGCUAAGUGUGCUUUUCUGUGGUCACUAAUGAUAAACACGUUUCACUCCUCAGCUAAACGCGGGUACGGUGAGCCGCUUUGGUUUUUCAGAAGUUAAGAGGGGGAAAAAAGUGAGUAAUCCCCACACAGUGUGGUGGAAUUGAUAGGACUUUAAAAAAUUAUUAGAAUUCUAAAAAAUUAUUAGAAUUCUGGGUCAGAAUUAAACUGCACUCUCCAAAGGCAGUUCUAGCUUGCCUGAGUUUUUUUUUUUUGGGGGGGGGGUUCCCUGCCAAAAAGGGUACAUAUUUAGAGAAUAUAUGGAAAAGCACAGGAUUGGCUUAUGAACAUCCCUUUUGGGGGCACAGUUCCAUUUCCUUGUCUUUUUCAGGAAAAAUUAAAUUUUUUUUUCUUUAA